AUGAAUGCGCAGAUUUACAAAUCCCUGGACAUUUUUUGCGCCUUUGUCCAGAUUCUGUUUUUAAGCACAGCAACAGGAUGGCAUGAUUUAGACAACAGCGAAUACGACUGCUGGCCGUUAGAAAAUCCAGACGAACACAAUAUGAUAGAUUGUGGAGGUCUGGAGAUGGCUUGGGUGCACCGUCCUCCCGAAAAGGUUAUCAGUGGGGAGACAUUCAGCGUAACUUAUACCGUUACUGUCACAGAAGACUUCUACCAGUGGGCUGUGGACAACAUGAUCUUCACUCACAGUUCCAUCAGCGACGCGUUGGCGGCCAAACGCUUCUGCGAGGAGCGCGAGUGUCCCGCGAACUGGAAGGAUGCCAACGGGGAGAACUGCUGCAUUCACCACGCCAACAUCCACUCCUGCCCCAUGGGCUACAUGGUGAAGGAGAGAAUCUGUGGUCCCUGGAUCCCGGACGACGGCAGGAUUUUCACCCACACCGUCUCCACGGCGGGCAAGAUGACUCAGUCCAACUGGACCGCCAAGGUGGUGCUCUUCCACCUGGGGGUCACCUCGCUCAUCGCCCACAUCCGCGUGGGCAACAUGCAGGUCGCCCUGGAGGCCACGAGCAACGUGCUGCCCUCCAUAGUGUGCGGAGAUGACGUGUGUGACGAGGACGAGAUGUGCUCCACCUGUCCUGCCGAUUGUGGGGAGUGUCCCAUGACCGCUGCCGUGAAGACAGCCAUCGGUUUGCCCGUCAUCAUCAUCUUCAUCAGCUUCAUAUUCAUAGCAGUGUGGUUUCGGUAUCAGAAGCAGAAGAUGUUUUGGGAUGAAAGCUGGAUCAUUGACUUCAGUCAAAUAAAACAAGACCAGCUGGCACGAACCACCAUGGGCAGCAUCAUGAGUGUCCCCAAUGCCAACAGUGAUUCCAACGCCAGCUGCGUCACUGCCCUCAGUUCCUGCACGGGCGGCCCCAACACCACCCGCAGGCAGCUCUUCACCCACACCGGCAUCUACGAUGGUCGCACUGUUGCCAUUAAGAAAAUUAAAACUAAGACCUUUUCCCUCACAAAGACAAUCCGAAAGGAAGUAAAGCAAAUAAGGGAAUUGGACCAUCCCAACCUGUGUAAGUUUUUCGGAGGGUGCGUUGAGGUGCCAAACGUGGCCAUUGUCACAGAGUACUGCCCCAAAGGCAGUCUGAACGACGUCCUGCUCAACGAGGACGUUCCUCUCAACUGGGGCUUCAGGUUCUCCUUCGCCACCGACAUCGCUCGAGGGAUGUCGUACCUCCAUCAGCACAGGAUCUGUCACGGGAGGCUGAAAUCGCCAAACUGUGUCAUCGACGAUCGCUGGGUCUGUAAGAUCACAGACUACUGCCUGCCAACGUACAGGAUUGAGGACUCGGCGGAGAUGCCCAGCACCUACCAGCAGAGACUGAGGGAGGUGUACAUGCCCCCGGAGGCACAGACCUCCAGCAUGGAGCCCACUCUGCCGUGGGACGUGUUCAGUUAUUCUAUUAUAUUACUGGAGAUAGCCACUAGAAGCGACCCCGUCCCUGUGGAGGAUAGUUCCCUUGAGUGUGCCUGGUGCCCCCCUCUACCAGAGCUCAUCUCCAGCAAGGGGGACAACGCCUGCCCCUGUCCCACAGAGUAUGCGGAGCUGAUCAGGAGAUGCAGGUCUCACAACCCCGCCCACCGGCCCACCUUUGAGCAAAUCAGGAAGUUCGCCAACAAAAUAAACCCCCACAAAGUGAGCCCGGUUGACAUGAUGAUGAGCCUGAUGGAGAAGUACAGCAAGCAUUUGGAGGUUCUGGUUGCUGAGAGGACACAGGAUCUGAUGCACGAGAAGCAGAAGACUGACCGCCUCUUAUACAGUAUGCUGCCCAGGCAGGUUGCUGACGACCUCAGACAAGGGAAGCCCUCACAGGCCCAAAGCUACGUAAGCGCUACGGUGUUUUUCAGUGAUAUUGUGGGUUUCACUCAACUGUCCAGUACCAGCACACCAUAUCAAGUAGUGGAUUUUUUAAACAAACUCUACACAACCUUUGAUGAAAUUAUUGACAAUCAUGAUGUAUACAAAGUGGAGACUAUUGGAGAUGCCUACAUGGUUGUCUCUGGUGUUCCAAUGGAGAAUGGCAUUCUUCAUGCUUCUGAAAUAGCCAGCAUGGCGCUGGACCUGGUUGCCGUCUGCAAGACCUUUAAAAUCCCCCACAAACCCAACACUCUGCUUCAGAUACGAGCUGGCAUCCAUUCAGGUCCCGUUGUUGCUGGCGUGGUUGGGACUAAAAUGCCCCGGUACUGUCUGUUUGGUGAUACGGUGAACACAGCUUCUAGGAUGGAGUCUACCAGUGAAGCUCUGAAGAUUCAGUGCAGCUCCAGUGUGUUCUAUCUUCUGGAAGAGAUCGGGGGGUAUACGUUGCAGUGUCGAGGCAUGCUACAGGUUAAGGGCAAAGGCGACAUGGUCACGUACUGGUUAGAAGGCAAACAGGCGGCGCCUGUGGCGAAGGAGCACGCUAAAAAACCUCCGUUGGCGCUGGAGAACGAGGACCAGUACGCCUGCAUCCCUGGGUUCCUGAGCAACGACCUGCUUGUGGAUCCGGUGUGACUCAGUAACGGACAGGGCCACUGAACCUGGCCUUCCUUUCAUGAUGUACUUUCUCUUCUUGGGAGCACUUGAAUAGCCGGGACCCAUCAAUAAUGGAAAAAAAAAAAAAAACGCUAUUAACCUUUGUUUUAAAAAAUGCUAAUGUAAAACAUGUGAACACCAUAAAGAAUUGUUGUAAUUCUCACAUUGUCGCAUUAGUUCAUAAGUACUGUAAAAAGAUCUUAACUGAUUAGCUGUAAAGACUAUUCCACAUCCAGUCCAUUUUGAGAGGUAACCGUUUUUGGUUUCUCCAGCUAUAGUUGGAUAUUUUCUUGUAAUUGUCUUGAGUAAUUGUGUAAUUCACUUUUAAUGUGUGCUUAACCAUGAGAACUGAAAAGGGUAUGUACUACUAUGUGGUUAUUUCUGUUUUUUAACAUAUAGAAAUGAAUAUAUUGGCUCAUAUUCUUUUAGUCUUGAAAAUUGCAAAUGUCAUAACGCUCCAUUAUUACGUGCACACUUCCAAAAAUAAACAACUGAUG